UAAUAAAGUGACGAUUUAAAUAUAAAUCCAAACAAAACAAAGUUCGUGUGCGGUUCCCUUUUGCCGGACGGAAAAAUCAUAUAACCUACUUUAGAACAAUAGGCUAUGAAAAUGAAGAUACCUCUAACACCCCCCGUAGGCAAUAACAACGGCUAUUACAACAACGGCCUCGACUUCGGCGACCACCACCAGCACCACCAGGCCGUCAACAACCACAUCAAUAACUCUGCCCUGCACCAGCCGCAGCCGCCGCAACUAGACGAGUUGGGCUCGCCGAGGCUCGAUGAAGACUUCUCCGAAUACCUGUGGAUGGAGAACGAGGAAGAGUUCGAUAAACAGGUAAUGCAACAACUAGAAGAGGAGGCUCUUAUGGAACAAUGUAUCGAAGCAAUGUUAGAAGAUGAACGCGAAGCUUUAUCCACCACAGUGAGGGCGACUUGGUCUAAUGGAGUCGAGUAA